AUGGACUUACCGGUGUCUGUUAUCAUUUUCGUUUUGUGCUGUGGUAUGCUCAUAUAUGGCCAAGGUUUCUACGAAUCUGCUGAAGAUUUUGUCGAUUGGACCGAGACGUGUAUUGUCCAUCAACAUGCUAGUUCCAGCUUAACGUUGCUAGAUCUAUCCUGGUUUGACAAUGGCCUGCAGAUUGACUUCCAGAGGAUAUUAGAGGCUGGCGGAAGUCAAUCAAUUGAUCACAUUCAGGUUGACAGCUCAAGUACUGACACAUUCCAGGUUAUGUGUAGGGUGAACAGUGUGAAUCAGUUGUUUAGAAUCAAUACAUUAAGGACCCAAUAUAAGACAAGUGCAAAUACCCCAGACUUUACAGACCUAACCAUACUGCAGAAUGUUGACAAUGCCAAUGCAGACACAUACCAGAAGCCUGUGUUAGCAUCUGGUGCAGGUUCAGGCUGGACUGUAGAGGGAAGUUUUGAUACAACAAACAGUAAUGGAAGGGAUAGUACCUUAGGCGUGUCUCGUCCUGUUUCUUCUAUAGCCUGUAGUAAUGCGGUUGAGUACAGAUGCCAUCUUACGUACACAAAGCCUGGGCCUGAUUAUAAUACAGCCACUGGCAUGAAAUUAAAAGAGCUUGAUGUCAAAGUUUUACCCACUACUAUCACAAGGAAUGUCUACAACAUGAGUGGCUUGGGCUCAUUCCCAAUAACUUUUGUUAACAUGAUUGAACCCUUCUACGUGGGACAAACAGUCAAGAUGGAGUGCUCGGCCAACAUUGGCUCCUACAACGGUACUGCCCAGAUCCGCUGGCUUAAGAGUAACCUUGUUGCUGGCAGUCCUCUCGCUCCGUACUACAGCCCUGAUGCAGUCGUAGGCGAUGCACAGGCUAUGGGCAACUGUGUGUAUCAACAGGCGGACUCUGUCACAUACAAUAUGACAGCCAAGGAUGCAGGAAGAACAGCCGAGAGUAGACUUCAGUUUCAGUGCUAUGUGUUCAUUCCGAGCGUGAACUGGGAAACACCGGAAGAGCAGCGACAAAAUUUCAGCUUUUAUGUAUAUACAACAGAGGAAGGUGGUUCUGAUAGUGCGACAACAGCAGACAAUGGCCUGCAGAUUGACUUCCAGAGGAUUCUUGAGGCUGGAGGAAGUCAAACAAUAGAACAAAUUCAAGUUGACAAUUCAAGUACUGACACAAUCCAGGUUAUGUGUAAGGUAAACAAUGUGGAUCAGUUGUUUAAAAUCAAUAAUUUAAGACUACAGUAUAAGACAAGUGCAAAUGCCCCAGACUUUACAGACCUAGCAUUUUUGCAAAAUGUUGAUGACACAAAUGGAGACACUUACCAGAAACCUGUGUUAGCAUCUGGUGCAGAUUCUAGUUGGACUGUAGAGGGAAGAUUUGAUACAACAAGCAGUAACGGAAGGGAAAGUACCUUGGGCGUGUCUCGUCUUGUUUCUUCCAUUACCUGUAGUAAUGCAGUGGAGUACAGAUGCGAUCUUUCCUACACAAUGCCUGGGCCUGAAUAUAGUUCUGAAACUGGCAUUAUUUCAAAUGAGCUUGAUGUCCAAGUUUUACCCACUACUAUCACAAGGAAUGUCUACAACAUGAGUAGCUUGAGUAGCUCACUCCCAAUAGCUCUUUCUGACUUAAUUGGACCCUUCUACGUGGGACAAUCUGUCAAGAUGGAGUGCUCUGCCAACAUCGGCUCAUACAACGGUACUGCCCAGAUCCGCUGGUUAAAGAGCAACAUUGUUCCUGGCAGCCCGCUGGCUCCUUACUAUAUACCAGAUGCAGUCAUAGGUGAUCCCCAGUCCACGGGCAACUGUAUAUAUCAACAGACGGACUCUGUUACAUACAAUAUGACGGCACAGGAUGCUGCAAGAACAGCCGAGAACAGACUUCAUUUUCAGUGCUACGUGUACAUUCCUAGCAUGAACUGGGAAACACCUGAAGACCAUCGGCAAAAUUUUAAAUUCAUUGUCUAUUCUAGAGGCAAAACUUCUCAUGAUGACACAAAUGAUACAGAUUUUGAUAAAGAAUCUAGCUCAACGGGAACCGUAACCGGCGGAGUAUUUGGUGGAGUUGUUGGUGGAGUUGUUGUUGUAGCUGCCGUUGUUGUAGCUGUUUUAAUCAUUUCCAGAAGAUAUCAGUUUCCUUGUAUGCAAACCCCAGACAAUGCAAAAAAUACCAAAAUCCAAGCAAAUCCAGUGUUUGAGACUCAGGCAGCGUCACCUUACGAACACCUGACUACAGGAGAGCAAACGGAAUACACAGAGAUAGGCAUGACUGCUGUUGGACAAUCUGGGGCUGGCAGUCCCAACAACGAAACCUCUUCUUAUGAGCGUCUUCACACCGGAGAAAAUGCCGCUUAUACAGAGCUGGGAGUUUAUUCUCCAGUGAGUCAGACACAAUUUAAGAGUCAACAGACAGACUCGCAUACAGCAAGCAGUAAUUAUGAAGUUCCAGACAACCGUGUCAUGAUGUAGAACCCACAUUUCUGUGUAGAAUAUGCAUUCCCUUGAGACUCAGAGACGAAGAAGAUGUAUUUUCUUUUGACUGACAUAGUAUACAUUUACUCGUGACGAAUAGCAGAAGAUGAUACAUUGUCUUGCGACUCAUGUAGUAUACAUUUACUCGUGACGAAUAGCAGAAAAAGAUACAUUUGAUUAUAAAGUAAUAAUUAGUGCAUCCACAAUCCAUGUAAUUGGAAUUAUACACGAGCGCUUGUCGGAAUGUUUAACUUCAAUGACCAGAGUAUUGGGUUGUACCAUGUUGUCAAGGAGGUUGUCCAAUAGCUCGUGUGCGUAGAAAUGAAAUAAUUGCAAUUAAUUUAAAGAUAGGAUGAUACAUUUGUGCUAUGUUUGUUUUUGUUAAAAAAAGUUUUGAGCAUUAUAUUUAGUGUACGGAUAUUGCAUCGGGGUUUUAAAGUCGUCUUUGAACGUUUAACUAUUCAGCUUGUCCCCGUAUUUCCAAUUGCAUUAUUAAAGAUGUGGAUAAAGCCUGAAAGGACAGAGUCUGACUCCUUUCCUGCUGUUGAAUAUAUCUCAACCUAUCAAUAUACGAUAUAAUAUAAUUUACCUACUAAUACCAAAAACCAAACUUCUUUGCACAUUAACAGUAACAGGUAUAAUUUUGUUUAAAAUAAGACGGGCAUUCAAUAUGUAAUGCAUCAAAUGCGUUGAUGUUUUGCUGUAGAAAUAAUAUGUUGUGUACAUGCCAUUAAAGCAUCUUAGUGAUAACUUGGUUUAUAACUUUAAGGACUUAGCAGGAAAUAACAAAAACAUUUCAUAACUCUAAGGCAAGAUCACUGAAGAACCUGUAUCUUUUAGUUACUGCUUGUUUCAAAUGUAAAAAGACUCAACUUCCUUAACGUUUAUUUGGAAAACUUAACUAUUUUCAUAUUAAUGAGAUUUGAUACGUUAAGUUGUCAUUUUUCGUGCAGCAUCAUACAUCUAACAAAAUGUUAAUAUAAAAUGUUUACAUCAAUAAAUAUUUGCUGGUAACUAGCCAUCGUUUGAUAAAACAUAUGCAUUUAACUCUCACUGCGAAACACUAAACCUUGACAAAUAUUGAAGCAUUUCAAAAUAUGAUUAUAUUUAUCUGCAGUAAAACACAAACCACUCAAUUAGUGUAUAAAUAAAGUUAAGAUCUACGUUUACUUUAUAAUUCGUUUAGAGAUUUAUUUCAUUUUCUUACCUCACUAUGAAACUGAAAAAACACAUUUACUCCAUUCGCAAAAAUCUAAUCAACCAUAUUUAUCCAGAAUAACAUUGUUUGGGAGAACUAAGUUUGAGGAAAUAUUUUGAUAUUAGACACAUAAAUUCGUUUUGAAUUAUGCAAAAAAAUAUAUUCACUUGUUCAGUAUGAUUUUACCUAUCUUAAGCGCAUACAUUAUUUGAACUGAAAAUAUUGUUUUUAAAUCAUAAUACAAAUUACGCUUCCUUCGACUUUCUUGCAAAACUUGCAAUUUGCUGAAAGACUGUAACAUGAAAAAUUGUAUUAGCUACGCCAUUAAACAUCUUGAAAGUACUUCACUUCUUAUAUUUGUUAUAUUCGCGAGCUAGAGAUUCUUUUCAUACAAUUAUAAGAUGCUUUUUACCACAGCACAGCAUUGUCUCAUUAGGAAAUGUACAUUUGGAGUUCUUAAGUGGCUCAUUUCACGAAUCGCCCAAUUCGUAUCAACGGGUGUUUCUGUACAAAACAAUAUCUGAAAUACACGUACUAUAUAACAUCACCCGAUUUGUUCGAUAUUUAUGUUUUUUACAGUCUUUAAGAAAUUUCAAUUUUAAAUAUUAUUGUUCAUUUUUUCAUUAAUAACACAUAAACUGCUACGUUAAGUAAGAACAUAAUUUAGUUUUAAAACUGUUAACAGUUUGUAACGAACACCUUUCUUUUACCUUUAAUUUGGUCUAUUAUACUCUUGUAAACAAAGAAUCAGAAUGUGUUGAGCUUAAGUUUAAGUGUGCUUUGUUGUUGAAAUAUAUUUUCUUUACAUAAAGGUAUUCUCACGAAGAACGAAUGUUUUGUUUAAAAAAACAGAGAAAUAUGUAAAUUAUGCACUUUCCAAAAAUGACAAAGGUGGUCAGAUUUCACUCGUACAUCUGUCAAAUGCACUAUAAGUUAAACAUUGCAAUCAAUAUUCAGAUUUUAUCGAAAUAUCGGUCGGUUUAAAGCAAGGUGAUAUUUGUUCUCCUCUUUUCUGGUCCAUCUUUAUAGAAGACCUGGAACUAUAUUUACAGUCAAACAUUGAUAGUGGAAUUACAAUUGAGGAAAUCAGUCUUAUUUUAAUGUUGUAUGCUGACGAUAUGGUGAUUUUAGCCGAAACAGUAGAAGACAUGCAGCGCAGCUUGGACAAUCUUAAGGCAUACUGUGAUAGAUGGGGACUAAGAGUAAAUGUUGAUAAGACAAAUAUUAUUGUGUUUAGACGUCGCGGUCGUUUACGAAAUGAUGAACACUGGAUGUAUGGUGUCACUUCUCUAGAGAUUGUAGACAACGUUAAUUAUUUAGGAACGAUUUUUAACUGUUAUGGGUCAUUCAAUUCAAAUGUACAUCUAUUGUGUGGAAAGGCCUUAAAGGCAUUAAACGUGCUGUUGUUCAAUUUAAAAGAGUUUAGUUUUACAGCGAAGACAAAAUACCAAUUGUUUGAUGCGUUUGUAGUGUCUAUACUCAACUAUUCAUCAGAAGUUUGGGGCUUUACAAAAUCCAAAGAAAUUGAGCGUAUACAUUUGCGUUUCUGUAAACAAAUUUUAGGUGUUAAAUUGUCUGCAAGUAAUGCUGCUAUCUAUGGUGAACUGGGAAGACGCCCGCUAUUCAUAAAUAGAUAUUAUAGAAUAAUAAAGUACUGGUUUAAGUUCCUGUGUUCAGAGAAUUGCAUAAUGAAAACAUUAUAUGUAUGUUCCUUGAAUGAUUUACUGAAUAACAAAAAUAACUGGUUGUCAAAUGUGAAAAACUUGUUGUAUAUAUAUAUGGUUUUGGUGAGGUGUGGGAACAGCCAUAUUUAGUUGAUAAAGCUAUAUUUUUACUAAGCUUUAAACAAAGAUUAUAUGAUUGUUAUAUGCAAAACUGGAGAGAUGAUAUAAUGAAAAAAUCAGUAUUAAACGUGUAUAAGGAAAUUAAGGUUAGCUUUGAAUACGAAAUUUAUCUUAAUAGUAAUAUUCCCCACUAUUUGUUAAAAUUAUUUACACAAAUGAGAAUAUCAUGUCACAGUCUAAGAAUCGAAACUGAGCGAUAUGGAAGAAAUCGCAUUGACAGAAAUCAAAGAUACUGUGAACUAUGUGAUACUGUGGACAUAGAAGAUGAGUAUCACUUCUUGUGCAUUUGCAAUAAAUAUAAAGUUAUACGCAAGCGAUAUUUACCCAAAUAUUAUAUUGAAAGACCUAACAUGAUAAAAAAUUUAGAGUUGAUAAACACAAGAAAUGAGACACUAAUUCUGAAAAUAGUGACUUUCAUAAAUUGUGCGCGUAAAAUACGAACUAAUUUGUUAACUUAAUGAUGUGUUGUUGUUGUUUCGUUGAUAUUGCUUUUUUGUAUCAUGUAUGUUUCAUAAAAAUAAGACUUAAAACUAUGCUAUAUGCUCAUAAAUUGAAUAUUUGUUAUCAUUGAUACAAGUAUAAUAUUUCCUUUGAUAAUAUGUUUUGAUGCAUGUUCUCCUUAGUAAUAGUAUAUAUUUGAUAUGUUUGUAAUGUAUUCUAAAUGUAAUACUAAAUGGUAUAUUGACUAAUGUAUAUAUGUAUGAUCAUGUUGAUGGAUAAUGAACUGUAUGUUUAAAUCCAAAUAAACUAUUCUUCUUCUU